UGUUUCUCCCCGGUUCUGCUGCAUGCGUCACUGCGCCCAGGGCUGAUGUCGGCGGCUCUGAUCAGGAAGAAGUUGUUACACGUGAAGUCACCGGAGUGACCGGACACUGGAAAUAUCAGCCCGAGUCACAAGUUGAAGCAAGAUCUUCUUGACCGUUGUCCAUCAUUCCCGGGAAGACUGACAGAAGAGGAGUGCGGGAGAGAAGCGUGUUUCGAAGUGCCAUUAUGCCAUGGCAUCUCUGGGCGCCUCCUUUGUGCAAAUCAGAUUCGAUGACAUCCUCUUCUACGAGAACUGCGGCGGCGGGAGUUUCGGGAGCGUGUAUCGCGCCCGCUGGCUCUCGCAGGACAAAGAGGUGGCGGUGAAAAAGCUUCUGAAGAUUGAAAAAGAGGCAGAUAUUUUAAGUGUUCUCAGUCAUCGAAACAUCAUCCAGUUUUAUGGAGCGGUUCUGGAAGCGCCCAACUAUGGAAUUGUUACAGAGUAUGCCAGCUGUGGAUCUCUCUUUGACUAUCUGUCCAGUGCCGAGAGUGAAGACAUCAGUAUGAAGCAGAUUAUGACCUGGGCAAUGGACAUUGCUAAAGGCAUGCAUUAUCUGCACGCUGAGGCCCCGUUUACAGUCAUUCACAGAGACCUCAAGUCCCGAAAUGUUGUGUUGACGGCAGAUGCUGUACCCAAGAUCUGUGAUUUCGGGGCGUCUAAGUUUCAUUCUCACACCACCCACAUGUCUCUGGUGGGCACGUUUCCCUGGAUGGCCCCUGAAGUCAUCCAGAGCCUUCCUGUGUCUGAGACCUGCGACACGUACUCGUACGGAGUGGUCCUCUGGGAGAUGUUGACUCGUGAAGUUCCCUUCAAAGGUCUGGAGGGGUUGCAGGUGGCCUGGCUGGUGGUGGAGAAGAGCGAGAGGCUGACGAUUCCCAGUAGCUGCCCUGCCAGUUUCGCCUGUCUGAUGAGAAGCUGCUGGGGGACGGAACCGAAAGACAGGCCGCUGUUCAAACACAUCCUGUCCACGCUGGAGUCCAUGUGGAACGACAGUCACUUACCUGAUGAGUGCAACACUUUCCUGCACAAUAAAGCAGAGUGGAGAAAGUUCUGGGUGUUUGAUGCUAUAUUAAGACUGGAAGUGGGCCACAUCACAUAUUCCGUGUGGAUCAAAACCACACCCUUGUUCUUUCUUCCUCUGGCGGCAGCGUUAAGCUCAGAGUUGUUUGUUGACUCGAGUGUGGCGGAGGAAGUGAGUUCAGAGAUGUCGUGUGAUGGAGCGCUGCAGGCCAUCAUGAGGGAGUUUGAUCAGAUGUUUCCUCUGGACCCACAGGCCAAUCUGAACUCCUCCAAGAUCCUCAUGCCUUUGAGCUUAGCUCUUCUCCCAAACCUGGCCAUCCACUCCUGGACAGAAGAACAUGUGCAAUUCUGGAUGGAGCAGAUUUUUCAAGGUGAUGGAGAGCUGCAGCAGUACGCCGACAUCUUCAAGCAGAAUCACAUCACAGGACAGAGGCUGCUUCUGCUGUCCGAGACGGACAUGAGAGAUCUGGGUGUGACAUCUAAAGGACACAUCAUACAUCUGAAGACCGAAAUUGAGAAACUUACCCACGACUACCUGAACCUGUUCCACUUUCCGCCGUUGAUAAAGGAUGGUUUGGCCACUGAGGAAGCAGAGGAAGAGUGGAGGAAGACUGUAAAUCUGGAGUUGGUGUUUGGGUAUCACUGGAAAGCAGGCACAGGCCAAACGGACUGCAAAUGGAAAAUGUACAUGGAGCUUGAUGGGGAUGAGGUGGCAAUAGCAUAUAUCAAAGAUGUGACCUUCAAUGCCAGCAGACCAGAUGUAGAUAUAUUAAAGAUGACCAAGCCUCCGUUUGUGAUGGAUAAAUGGAUCGUCGGAAUAUCUGGCACACAAACCGUUGACUGCACAGUAAACUAUGAGAGUAACGUGAGAUCUCCUAAGUGCACGAGACAUGAGCACAGAGUGCAGUGGAGACCAGACAGCGGGAGGGACGUGAUCAGACCUGUAGAGCUGGCCAUUGAGACGGCGCCAAACAUCAGGGAAAGUUACAACAGAAGCAGGUCCAACUCAGGCGUUGAUCCCAAAUGGAUUCACAGUCUGAGAAUGAAGCAGAUUAGAGAGCAUGCUGCCCCGGAGUCCACAGGCAAGAUGACCCUCCCUCAGUUCCUGUCUGCCAUCGGGAGCCAGUCAUCGUACGCCGCUGCUGUGAGGAGAUCGCCCAAUCGCAGCCCUCUCACUCCAUGGACAGACUCGCGGAGUUCCUCUCCCACCCUUUCUGUCAAACUCUCCACUAUCCAUCUGGGGUCAAAGGGCAGCAGCCCAUCCAGCACGACAUCUGACAGCACCUCGGAGCGAGAGCGGCCCCCUAGUGCUGGAGCUAAACACAACUACAACAGAAAAACAUACUAUGACCACACGUUUAAAAUCACUGGAGGAGGAAGAGGAGAAGCAGAAGCCAGAAGGUUUAAUCAGAUAUCACAGAGAGGAUCCAGAGGCAUCCAACAUGCUGGACGGCCACGAAACUACAACUCUUGCAUAACGCCAUCUAACCACCAACGCCCAAUACCAGGGAUGUCAGUUGUCACUGAGGGGGUGAAGCAGAAAGGGGCGUCUGAAGAGGCCGGGUCUGGUGAUGGGGACUGGAUCAAAGUAGAAAGAAAGAAAUCUAAUAAACAGGAACAUAAGCAUCAGGAAGUGAGGCAGACCAGAGGCCGGCCGCGCAGAGGAGGGAGAGGUGGUGGACGUGGCCGAAGUUGAGCGUUUAUAAAGCGUUAGGCUGAUAGAAGGGGUUGGUAAUGAAUCACGUUUGAUCUACUGUAAGGGCUGGAGAGCUGGUUUGUAACCAAAGCACUUAACCCCGGUUGUUCUUAGGGGAUUGUAGGUGUACUGUAAGCAGUGGCGCAAAAAGGGGGUAUGCCGUAUAUGCAGUGCAUAGGGGCCAAAAUCAUUCUGUGAAAAUCUUCUUUAAUAAAAUGUUAUAAAUAAUCAAAAGCUUAGUUGUU